GUGACGCGCAAGGGCCGGCGCCGGGUGGCCGCUCGGCUCCCGGAAAGGACCGGCGCCUCCAGGAAGCCGGGUCCGUGUUGCAGCCGCCGCGCCGCGCCGCGCCGCGGUGUCCGUGAUGCCCUCCACUCGCAGCUUCCCGUCGCCGGGAGUCCCGGCCGCCGAAUCGGGCGCUGCCGAGCAGGAGGUCUGUAACUCCAGGAGGACCCCAUUAUGUCUGUAAUGGUAUAUGAGGACUGACUCCUAGAACGUUGCCUGGUCUCUGACCCGUCAGCAUGGGGAGGAUUGGCAUCUCCUGUCUAUUUCCUGCUUCCUGGCAUUUUAGCAUCUCUCCAGUGGGGUGUCCGCGAAUUCUGAAUACCAAUUUACGCCAGAUUAUUGUUAUUAGCAUUCUGGCUGCUGCUGUUUCGCUUUUAUACUUUUCUGUUGUUAUAAUCCGAAAUAAGUAUGGGCGGCUAUCCAGAGACAAGAAGUUUCAAAGGUACUUGGCACGAGUUACUGACAUUGAAGCGACAGACACCAAUAACCCCAAUGUGAACUACGGUAUCGUGGUGGACUGUGGUAGCAGUGGGUCUCGAAUAUUCGUCUAUUGCUGGCCAAGGCACAACGGCAAUCCUCAUGAUCUGUUGGAUAUCAGACAAAUGAGGGAUAAAAACCGAAAACCAGUGGUUAUGAAAAUAAAACCCGGCAUUUCAGAAUUUGCUACCUCUCCGGAGAAAGUCAGUGAUUACAUUUCUCCACUUUUGAGCUUUGCUGCAGAGCACAUACCACGGGCAAAGCACAAAGAAACGCCUCUCUACAUUCUCUGCACAGCUGGAAUGAGAAUCCUUCCUGAAAGCCAGCAGAAAGCCAUCCUGGAAGACCUUCUGACUGAUAUCCCCGUGCACUUUGACUUUCUAUUUUCUGACUCUCAUGCAGAAGUAAUUUCAGGGAAACAAGAAGGUGUGUAUGCUUGGAUUGGCAUUAAUUUUGUCCUUGGACGAUUCGAGCAUAUUGAAGAUGAUGAGGAGGCAGUUGUGGAGGUUAACAUUCCUGGUAGCGAAAGCAGGGAAGCUAUCCUCCGUAAAAGGACAGCCGGUAUUCUGGACAUGGGAGGCGUGUCAACUCAGAUAGCGUACGAAGUUCCCAAAACUGUAAGCUUUGCCUCCUCACAGCAGGAAGAAGUAGCUAAGAACUUGUUAGCUGAAUUUAACUUGGGAUGUGAUGUUCACCAAACUGAGCAUGUAUACCGAGUCUAUGUGGCCACAUUUCUUGGGUUUGGUGGCAAUGCUGCUCGACAGAGAUAUGAAGACCGAAUAUUUGCCAGCACAGUUCAAAAGAACAGGCUCCUGGGUAAACAGACUGGUCUGGCUCCUGAUACUCCAUUCUUGGACCCCUGCUUACCCCUAGACAUCAAAGAUGAAAUCCAACAAAACGGACAGACCAUGUACCUCCGGGGAACAGGAGAUUUUGACCUGUGUCGAGAGACCAUCCAGCCUUUCAUGAAUAAAACAAAUGAGACACAGACCUCUCUCAACGGGGUCUACCAGCCCCCGAUUCACUUCCAGAACAGUGAAUUCUAUGGCUUUUCAGAGUUCUACUAUUGCACUGAGGAUGUGUUACGAAUGGGUGGAGACUACAAUGCUGCUACUUUUACUAAAGCUGCAAAGGAUUAUUGUGCAACAAAGUGGUCGAUCUUGCGGGAACGUUUUGACCGCGGACUCUACGCCUCACAUGCUGAUCUCCAUAGGCUAAAGUACCAGUGCUUCAAAUCUGCUUGGAUGUUCGAGGUGUUUCAUAGGGGCUUUUCAUUUCCUGUCAACUAUAAAAAUUUAAAGACGGCCUUACAAGUUUAUGACAAGGAGGUUCAGUGGACGCUCGGAGCAAUCCUUUACAGGACCCGUUUUUUACCCUUAAGAGAUAUCCAGCAGGAGACCUUCCGGGCCAGUCACGCCCACUGGCGGGGCUUCUCCUUUGUCUACAAUCACUACCUGUUCUCAGGCUGCUUCCUGGUAGUCGUGCUCUCCAUCCUCCUCUACCUGCUGCGGCUCCGGCGCAUUCACAGGCGGACGCUCCGCAGUGCUUCGACUGCCACCCUCUGGCUGGAGGAAGGCCUCCCGUCCCAGAAGAUUGCUGGUACCUUAUGAACGGGGAUUUGAGAGUCCAGGAAGACUUUCUGAAGGAAAAGCCAUUUUUUGCCUCAGGGUUUCUCCUCUUUAUUUUCAUUCAGUUUUUUUCCCUUUCCUUUUUGUUCCUUGAAACAGAGACAAAAUCCAUUGUUUGUAAGCUCUGCUGUCCCAGAGGUAACGCAUUUAGCCGUUCUGUAUACAGCUUUAAAUUGAGGAGCAGGGAAAAGGGAAAAUCACUACAUUUUUGCUGCAUAGGAUAGCUACUAAGAUUUUUUAUUUUUCUUUGAGGUAUGUUAAAUUUUAAACAGAUGCACUUUGAUAUUGGAGGGAAUAUGGCAAAGCUGUUUCUAUCAGAAAAGGUAGCGCUGUCAAGUGAUGCUUUCCCAGAACCAGAACCCAAUGACUGAAUCAUAGUCCUCUUUUUGUCUCUCUCAAAAGCUCUGACCUACACAGGGUAGUGAUGUGUGAUAUCAGAUCUGUCACUGUAAGUUUUCUUGUAGGCUUAAAAAAAAUCAAAGCUAUUUCUUUUUUUUUAUUUUUUUAUUUUUUAUUUUUUUCAUUUAUUUAUGAUAGUCACACAGAGAGAGAGAGAGAGAGAGGCAGAGACAUAGGCAGAGGGAGAAGCAGGCUCCAUGCACCGGGAGCCUGACGUGGGAUUCGAUCCCGGGUCUCCAGGAUCGCGCCCUGGGCCAAAGGCAGGCGCUAAACUGCUGCGCCACCCAGGGAUCCCUCAAAGCCAUUUCUAUCUGAGAUAAAUAUAAGCACCAAGAGGUAACUAUUUUUAAAAGUGAUAGUCCUAGAAGAUGUGAAAUAAUGACUAGAGCAGUGUGUAUGUGUGUGUAAGAGAGAAAGAAUAUGUGUGUGAGAGAAUCUGGGUGUGUGUGUGUGAGGGAGAAAGAACGUAUGUGUAAGAAUGAGAAUGUGUUUGUGUGAGAUGUUUGUGUGUGUGAGAGAAUGUGUGUGAGAAAGAAUGUGUCUGUGUGAGAAAGAGUGUAUGUGUGUGAGAAAGAAUAUGUGUGUGAGAGAAAGAAUGUGUGUGUGAGAGAAAUGUUUAUGAAAGAUGAGAGAAUGCAAUGCUCUUUUAAAAACACACACUUUAAAAAACAAAAACACACACACUUUAGAAUUUACUCUUUAUUUCUUUUAAUGUCAAAAAAUCCCCAUUACCAUUAUCUUUUCUGACCACAGGUAAUGACUUUCUCAGUCCCACCUUUCAACAGCCUUAGAAUAUUAUGCCUUUGAGUGAGUUGGAAAAUUCAUCAAGUUUCACUGGUUUUGAUGUCAUUAGAACUGGAACUAGUGCCUACUGACAGGCAGACACAUUAGCGUUUCCUAGUGGUACAUUUUUGCUGGUUUAAUUGCACUCCAGUUUCUUCCAGCUUCAAGUUGGUGUUCCCCUCCGUAAUGAAAAAUGGUCUCAGUGGUUUUACCUUGGAGAUUGUGUACUUAGCUUGACACGUUGUCUUUAUUCUGGUCUUGGUUGGGGCUCUGGUGGUAAUGCCACUGUAAAUCCAGACUAAGAGAAAGGUCUGACAUUAAUAGAAGAAAUAAACUCACAUUUAGAGAAAACAAGUUUGACGUUUUAAACAAAAACCUAAGGAGGGCAGCUGGAUUGGCAUAUGUGAGAUCAGUUGUUUUUCACCUAUUCAUUUAGUUUAGAAGUUUAGGAAUUCUCAUACCUAGAUUUUUUAGGGGAAGUUCUUUUUGUGAGUGUGUAUGUGUGUGUGUGUGUGUGCAUGCACGCUAUUUCUUAGCCCCAGAGAACAGUUAAAUUUGUCUGGUUGGCAACGUAUGUAUAUUUUGAGAACCAUCAGCUGCUUUUCCAGACAUCAUUGAUUAGAGAGAAAGGGUUCAGACCCUGAAGCCCUUAUUUAACUUAAAAAAUUACAUUUUUAUGUUUAUUAACUAUAUAAAACAUAGCAUAUAUUUUAAGCAUAUUGAUGACUUGAAAAGAUCACAAAUAUAUAAAAGAAAUGCAAAUUCUCUUACUCUGCUCUUCAAAGUGAAUAUUCAAUAGUGAGAAAGUUAUGGGUAGAAUCUUUGUGUCUCAGAUAUACAGAAGGUUAGAGGAGCUAUGUGGUGGUACAGCCCCUGCUGUGUGGUCUUGUGUCAGGAUGGAAGUAAAUGUCCCUGUGGAAGAUCCACCUUCUGAAACGCUGAUCCUCAGCUAUUUAAGUGCUUGAUCCCUGGUAAACACUGUUCCUUACCAAGACCCAGCCACAGGUGAGCUGUGUCUUAGAUACCCCAGAAGUAGAGUGAGUCGCUGUGCUUCCCCUUGAAACCUCAGACAGUGUUUCUUCUGCAGACUGUGGCAUUAGUGGCAAAGAGGAAGUGUGUUUACACUUGAGCUUUUCUACUGCCAACCACUGGGAAUAGUAACCUGGAAACGAAACUCCUCCGAUUCCUGAAGUAUGUGCUUUUUUACCUUUAAAGUCAAGGCAAGGAUUAGCCAGCAUAGACCCAGAUUUAAAUGGGCCUUAAUUAAGAUUUCCUACCAUAAAUAGCCACUUUUUCAAUAAAGGGUGCCAAUUUGGUCCAGCUCUGUACCGUUUGCGGAGCAGAAUCGAGAAAAACAGAUCUGCUUUUAUGCCUGGUUUGUGGAUCCCUCUGCAAGCACCUACCUAACUCUCCAAAAGAAAUCCCCAAAUCAGUGUUCUGAGACCCAAACAAACUUCUACGUUACAUAGCUAAGUGCCCAUGUUCCCCUGCCAAGGAACUCCCUGGAGCAGGGCUUGGCAAACUUGGCCACAGGGAAAGCCUAGAAGCCCUUGAACUGAGAAUGGUUUUUCAGUUUUGGAAGGGUUGUUAAAAGAAAUUAGAAAGGGGGGGGGGGGGGGGAGGCAAGAAUAUGCAAAGAGACACAUGUGACCUAUAGAGGCUAAAAUAUUUACUAAAUGUCCCUUUAUGGACAUCCAUUACUUGUUGAUGUUCAUGGACCCCUGCUCAAGAAGGCAUAUGCAUUGGCAUUCUCUUAAUUCAGGAAGCUAGUUACUGUUUGUGGGGACAAAGACAGGCAAGAGAAGUGACUAAACUUCAGUCUUAAAAUAUUUGUGUAUGCAUCAGAAUCGCACUUAUCUAAGUUAUUUUCAAGAACCAUUUUCUAAUAAGCCAGCAAACAUGCCCUCCUUCCCCAGAUUUAAAAAGCGCUGUUCCAAGUACUCACCAUGUGGUGUUGGGAGGUCUGCAAUCUCGAGAGGACUUGAACAUGGGUCUUUCUGAUGCAAGGGAGGGCCAGGGUGAAAGGCAGGUCCUAGAGGAGCUUACUUUAGGAGAAUUCAUAUCAAGGGCUGGUCAAGAAGGCAGGGAACUCAGAAUACUUGAAGUAAGAAGCAAAAGAAAUUAGACUGGUUGAAAUUUGCUAAUAGCCUUGUGGAAGAAAAACACUCUGUGUUGAGCCUUGCUGGAAGUGUGCUACAGGAAAUACUGUUGUCCCAUCCUCAGUACUGUGCGAUGCUUCUUUCUAAACCUUCCAAGGACACUAGCAAAGAUUUUACAGUCCAUUGGAGGACAUCACAGUAAAAGUACAAACACAUACCCAUUUGAACCAGUGCUUUUUGCAUAUUUUUGAACCAGUGCUUUUUGCAUAUUUUUGCCCUAAACUGCAAGCCUUAAGCCUGGGGGUAAGCUGGAGAGGUGCCUGCAGCUAGGCCCGGCCCCUCUGGAGGCUGGGAGAGUCACUUGUUCACUACCCGUUUCCACAUCUGCACACUCAGGUAGGCAAACUCUAGAUUGAUAGAUAUUUAAAUUUUAAAUAUCAGGCCUACAUAGAAUAGUUUUCCUUAGAAGAAGCAUGCAUCACUUAGCGAGAAACUCAAAAAGGCAAAUGUGUUUUCUAAGUUUUAAAAAAAAUCAGCUUUAGGAUUUUGUGUGGUUAUGUGCAAUGCAGCAAAACUACCUACACAUAAAUUAUUUUGUUAUUUAUUUCUUUCUUCCAUGUUUCAUUUUUUUUAUGAUUUUUUUUUUCCUGUUCUGUAACGAAUGAUGUGACCAACCCAGGAAAUUCUUUGUUCUGUUACUGAGAUGAUAUUUUACACUUAAGAAUUACAAAACUUAAGGAGAUCUUUAAAUGUUUUUUUUUUAUAAUUAAAAUAAUGUUUUCCAUUCAAGGUAAGAAUAAUUAUCUUUGGGGUAUUGUGGUAGUGUAUCAUUUCCGUGUUUGGCCAUCUCAUGUUGCCAGACGUAUACGCAGAUGGGUGUCAAGAGCCAAUAAAAUGAAAGCUCAUCCACUGGCCCAUAGACUCUGUGUGAACUUGCUUUCUUACCACUAAAAUAAGUUUUUCUCUCCCGUUUGAACCUUGUUACCUGUUAGAAUGCUUAGUUGAACUUGAAUCUAAAUUCAGUAAAAUAAAUUGUCUGAGUCUGACCGCAACUCUGCAUUUGCUCUAUUUAUGUGCUUGUAAUGAAGCACUGUUGUCUGUAUUCUGGAGGGAGGAUUCUUUGUCCAGCAGCACAAAAGUCAAAUAUUUCCCCAGGAGAAAUAUUUACCAAGGUGUAAAGCCACCUGUGUGUCAACAAUAAAGGUUGUUCUGAGACAAA